GGGGCGGGGCCUCCGCCGUUACCUGCCCGCAGCUUCUCCUGGACGCGGGGACGCACCAUCUUCGUGGCCUGCGUCUCCUUCCCCGAGGCCCGCGGCCUCCAGGCCCUCGCUUCACGCUGACGAGGGUCAGGGCUGCGCGUGAUCUUGGCUCUGCCGCUGCCAGGGAGGGUGCCCCACCACCCCGCAACCGAGGCUCGGAAAGGGGACGCCCUGGCCUCCGGGCCCCAGCGCUCGCUUUCUCUACGUGGUCGCGGCCGCAGCCGGCCUGGGAGGCGCCCGGCGCGAUGAGCGCCAAUGAGGACCAAGAGAUGGAACUAGAAGCGUUACGUUCUAUUUAUGAAGGAGAUGAAAGUUUCCGAGAGUUAAGUCCAGUUUCAUUUCAAUACCGGAUAGGUGAAAAUGGUGAUCCCAAAGCCUUCUUAAUAGAGAUUUCAUGGACAGAAACGUACCCCCAAACGCCUCCAAUUAUAUCUAUGAAUGCUUUUUUUAACAACACCAUAUCAUCAGCUGUAAAGCAGAGUAUAUUAGCCAAGUUACAGGAAGCAGUGGAACUUAACCUUGGAACCGCUAUGACCUAUACAUUGUUUGAAUAUGCCAAGGACAAUAAAGAGCAGUUUAUGGAAAAUCACCAUCCUGUUAAUUCUGCGACCUCCAUAAGCAAUAUCAUCUCAGUUGAAACUCCUAGUAUAGCCCCAUCAAGUAAGAAAAAAGACAAAAAAGAACAACUUUCAAAAGCUCAGAAACGUAAGCUGGCGGAUAAAACAGAUCACAAAGGGGAACUUCCUCGAGGCUGGAACUGGGUUGAUGUUGUAAAGUUAAGCAAAACUGGCUCUAAAGAUGAUGACUAGAACUUGGAAUUGGAUGUAAGGAAAGAACAUCCUUUAAAAAGUAAACUGGGUUCAGCAUCUUUCAUUACUGUUUUCUGGUAUUGAGGUGGCUUUUUAUAGAAUACUGUUUUUGUACAUUUCUUACAUAAUAAAUGUGAGUGGAAUGUUCAUUUGGACUGGCUAUAUUAAAUUAUUUUCACAAGUUUGCCUUAAUAAAAGGUGAAAAUGUUACUGUUUAUUAUACUCUGUAAGGCCUGUUGAGCUUUGUAAAUGACAAAUAUGGAGGAUAAUCAGUUAAUUUAUAUGACCUUAUUCUAGUGGAUAAUUUUUAAAGGAGUAUGAAGCCCUCUUCAAACUGUCAAAGCAGAAUACUGAGUGUAGUUAUUUCAUAGCAUGAGUCAUGUUAAUAGGCUUCCUAUUUUAAAUAAAGUCAUCUCUUCUUUUGCUUUAAUUACUGAAGCAGAAAUUACUUCAGAGAAAUUUACAUACCAGUAUUUGAACUUUAUAUGGUACUCUUUAUAGUUACUUUUUAUUCUACAGUGAACUCAUUCUCUUGAUUUGGGUCAAGACAUUUGAUCUUGAAGAGCUUUCAAUGGUAUGUACAGUAGGACAGUAUAAAAACCAAUCUUCCAGAUACAUUAGAAAAACAUUAGCGGGCCAGGGAGAUGGCUGAGUAGAACAUGCACUUCCCUG